AUGGCGCUAGACACGGCUAGCAGAGGAGAUUUCUCCACCAAUACCGCCAAUGAAGCAAACCUUCUGAUUGAGAAUCUCGCUGCAAGUAACAGCAACCAUGGUACAGAAUACGACCGAUCGGUACGAGUCAAUGCUGUGGAGACUGAUGCCAUCAAAGACCUCACAGCCAAGGUAAAUCUCCUCCUAAAAAGAGACCACCAAGGCGUCAACAUGUGUGAAGAGCAAACCGGAGUGUAUGCAGAAUUUGGGGUCGAUGCCUCUCAAGAUGCGACUGAGGAGGAUCAGAUCUACCCACCGCAACCUCAGCAGAACAACUUCACACAAGGAUUUCAGGCCAAGGGAAAGAGAUUUGGAGGAUCAAACUUUCAGCAAAAGCCUCAAGCAAAUAGUUUCGCUCCAGGAUUUCAAGCACCACAACAACAACCUGCUGCCCCACAAGAGAGCAAACUAGAACAGAUGAUGCAGGCUCUAAUAGAUAAUCAGAAGAAAAAUGCUGGAGAAAUUAAUGUCAAGAUAGACAACAUGUAUUCAGAGCUGAAUGGGAGGAUCGAAACGCUGAACACUCACGUGAGGGUCUUAGAAAAUCAGGUGGCACAAGCUUCAGUGAGAGUCAAGGCACCCCCAGGAACACUACCAUGCAAGUCUGAGGCCAACCCAAAGGAAUUCCUGAACGCCAUCACUCUCCGAAGUGGGAAAGAGAUAGAAGGACCACCGCUGACAAAAAGGACUGACCGAUCCUCCGAGCAGACUGGCCGAUCCGGGAUAUCCGAAAACAACAAUGACCCCCUCAGCAACACUCAAGAAAAUGCGGAUGAUGUUGAGAUAUCUGGUACUAAGGAGGCUGAUAAAGAGCCAAACAACAAACCCCAGCAGACGUAUACACCCAAGCUUCCCUUUCCAACCCGCCGUAAAACCAAGAUACAAGAGCGCAAAUAUGUGAAUCUAAAAUCAGUGGUGGGAGAGCUUCAAGUCCGACUAUGUUUCAUCGAAACAGUGCGAAUGGUUCCAUCUCUCAAGAAGUACAUGAAGGAAAUGCUGACCGAUAAACUCAGUUUAGAACAAGGGGUGAUGUAUCUUACGCAUGCGUGUAGUGCCAUGCUCCAUGGCAACUUUUAG